GGUGUUACACCACCAGGUUUCAGGGCCGGGCCGGACAUGGACCUUCUCUGUAGAUGAGAGCUCCAUGUCUAGGCUCAAAGCCCUGAACAUGAUGCCCUACUAUGGUUUCGGGAGGGUUACCUUCCGGGCCAAAGAAAAGGGCAUGGGUGCCGACAAAGAGUCGGACACCCAAACAAAGAAAGAGGAAGGAGGGGCCAAUCCCUCCACCUCCGUUGGCACCUCCAAAGGUGAGCUCGCUGAGGGAGAGAGGUCAAACUCUGCUCCCUCGACGAGCAAAGCGCCGCAGGCGUCCCUUCCCACCGGGGCUCUUCCCAAGGCUGGUAAAACGGCCAGGAAGGGGCCGGCGGUGGGAAGAAAGAAGUAAGCCGCAACAUCUAGUGAUGGCGCGGCUCUUCAAAUGCCUGCAGGCUAAUGUGCAACAUUCCAAGGCUGGAUCCUACCUCCUUGGAAAACGAAUCCUGGACGAGAGGAUAGAUAUCGCCCUCAUCCAGGAACCUUGGGUUACUUCCCGAGGCCGAAUCAACGGCCUCAGUAACCUUCCUGGCAAGGUAAUAUCACUUGGAUCUGGGGAAUCACCCAGGUCCUGUAUCUUUGUCAGGAACACUAUUGACAUUUUUGUACUUACAGGAUUCUGUUCCAGAGAUGUAACAUCCAUCCUGGUAAAACUUCCCAUGGAAACGGGCACUAAAGAACUGGUCAUCUGUUCUGCCUACUUCCCUGGUGAUACCAUGUUCCCCCCGCCAAAUGAAGUGCGAAAAUUAGUUGCCUUCUGCAGGGGGAAAAACCUUCAACUCCUCGUUGCUUGCGAUGCCAACUCCCAUCACACUACGUGGGGUAGCACGGACAUCAACGAAAGAGGACACUGCAGACUCAGAGCCCACCUCAAAAAACUCAAGAUCGUCAACGACCCACUCUGCUUCCACUACAGGUUAUGGGCCCAGCAACAAAGCUGUGAAAGUACGGUGAUAAUCGAAGUUAAAAGGAAUCUUUUCUGA